CCUUCCUGGCCUUAACCCACCUGAAGAAAGGACCACAGUGCUUUAUUUCCAACCAUGGCUUGGGUUCCAGUGACACUGCUUCUCAUUUCUCUGCUACUGUCAUCUUUACCCACUGAAGGAAAGGAUCCAGCUUUCGCUGCUUUGCUAACCACCCAGACACAAGUGCAAAGAGAAAUUGUAAAUAAACACAACGAACUUAGGAGAGCAGUCUCUCCCUCAGCCAGCAACAUGCUAAAAAUGGUAAGAGACAGUGAUGGAAAUGUGUGAAUCAGCUGUGGCAGAAGCAAACAGCUGGCUACUGGAAUCUCCAGAGAUGAUUGUCUACAAUCUACAAAAUGUGGUGAGAAUCUCUAUAUGUCAAGUGACCCUACGCCCUGGCAAGCUGCAAUCCAGAGGUGGUAUGAUGAAAGCGAGGACUUUAAUUACGGUGUAGGACCAAAGGGCCCCAAUGUAGCUGUUGGACAUUACACUCAGCUUGUUUGGUAUUCAUCUUACAAAAUUGGAUGUGCAAUUGCAUACUGUCCCAACCAAGACAGCCUAAAAUACUUCUAUGUCUGCCAAUAUUGUCCUGCUGGCAACAAUGUGAUGAGCAAGAGCACCCCUUACCAGCAAGGGGCCCCCUGUGCCAGCUGUCCUGGCCACUGUGACAAUGGACUAUGCACCAAUAGCUGUGAGUUUGAAGAUCUCCUUAGCAACUGUGCAUCCUUGAAGAAAACAGCGGGCUGUGAGCAUGUGCUGCUCAAGGAAAAGUGCCAAGCUACUUGCCUGUGUGAAAACAAAAUCCAUUAGCUUCUCUAG